AGAGUUAACGUUGGAAGCAAAGAUGGCACCGAUGAUAUCUUAUACGCUGCCUGCGAUGCAGCUCGUGUGUAAUCUCGUCAUCCCGGGAUCUCCAGGCACGAACAUCUCAAAUUUGGAUUCAAAACUCACGUCGGUUCAAUCAGAAAAUCUGAACGUCUCCAAUGCGGAAAACUCGGCUGACUUGUUGCACGACACAACUCCGACUUCAAAUCCAUGUGUGACUGAAUCAUCACCGAAGGGAAAGAUGCUCCCGGAUGGCUAUGUAAGGUUCCCUGAACUCGGAGUAGCCUUCAAGCAUCAUCGUGACGAAGCGGUGGAGUGGCCAAUUGCUGCGAAGAAAUGCGUCGACGAGGGUGGAAACUUGGCGGUGAUUGAUUCGUGGCGCAAGUUCGACGUCGCCCAGUCAAUUUUAUCGCCCGAUGAAGACAUCCACGUAGGCAUAACUCUCAUGUACGAAUUCCAGGAUUGGGUCGACUUCAGAACAGGAUCGAUCCUGUCGUCUAUACCCUGGGAAGCAGGUGAACCUAACGGUACAGGCUUCUGUACCGCGAUGGCCCAUGGCACUCGAGGACUGGAACGUUCCGAUUGUAGACACUACAGAUAUUUUAUGUGCGAGAUUGAGAUUUGAGCGAAAAUUGACAAGCAC